AUUUAUUACUGUACAAAGUUUUUUUUCCAGUUUUUUAAUAUAGAUAGUAUAAUCAUGUUUUCAACAUCAGCAACUGGAAAGAUAGUUACGUGGUUUCAAAAAAAUAAUUUAAACAAGUUGUUUACAACGUUCAAUAUUUUGAAUGUAAAAGCAGUUACACCAAAAGAUGUACCUGUAAAAAAGAAAUCAAAGUUUCCUACAUCAAAUUUAGUUACAAAACCAGAAACAGAGUUUUCAGAUUUACCUAUAGUUAUAGUCAAAGCAACUUAUAAUAAUACUUUAUGUUAUUUGACUGAUCACAAAGGUAUAACUGCAACUUGGACUUCAGCUGGUAUUGAGGGUUUUAAAAAUUCAAAGCGAGGAACAAAUUAUGCAGGAAAGGUUGCAGCAGAAAGUUUAGCAAAGAAAGCUAAUGAUCUUGGAGUUAAUAAAGUUCGUUUGAAAGUAAGGGGUAUGGGUCCAGGUCGCAUGGAUGCUGUAAAAGCAUUGGCAAGUAUUCUUGAUGUAGUAUCUAUAACUGACACCACGCCCAUUCCACACAAUGGACCUCGACCAAAAAAACAACGAAGGUUGUAGUCUUGAAGAUAGAGCAUUUUGUCUUAUAAUACAGAAGCGUGUUACUACUGUUUCAUGCCCGAGCUUUUUAAACAAUAUUACUAGAAUAAUGCUUGUGUUGGGUUGACAGUUUCUACGGUAAAUAAUAAUUAGGUAUAUACCUAUGUUAGCCGAUGAUAAAUUAAAAGACCGAAGUAAUGAAACUCUUUUUUUAAAUACCAGCAACAAUAAAGUAUUUUAUUUGUUUAAUAAAGACUGUAAUUUUUUAAAAUAUAUAGAAUUUAUUUGAAAAACGUUUGAAUUUUUAGACAAAGUAUUUAGAUAACUUAUUUCAAAUAAAAUUUAGUGCAAGAA